AUACAUGCGGAAGUCAGGAAAGAUGGCUGCUGAUGGCUAACGGAAGAAGCGCUCGUGUUUUGUGACGAUUUGGCUUUUAUUCAGCAGUAAAGAUGAGUCGCUUGACAAGAUUGUUGAAAACUCUUCAAAAUGAAGCCAAGAGUGGGAGUGAGAAACAGAACGAUUUGUCAUCGUCAGGAAGUCUGGACGUGUCCUCAAUAGAGAAAGCCAGCUUCCUUCAAGGAGAGGAGUAUUCUUCCCAUGGUAACCCUCUACACAGCACUGCUCUGGAAGACGAAAGCAGAGCUGAACCUGAUCAUCGACACAAAGCCACAGCAGGGAAACAAGUCAGGGAAGGAAGACAGAAUGCGGUCCAAGGCAGGGCAGAUACGCCAAAGAGACCUCCCUGUACUGCACAGCAGAAGAAGAGCUCCAAAUCCAGAGGGAAUCAAAAACCACCAGAGCAGAUGGACCACGCACUGAAGUCUCGACGUCUGCAGACCAUCAGAGAGAGCAGUAGGAAUGAAGGCAAGAAAAGAGCACAGUCCAAGGAACCGAGCAGUGCAGGUUCAGACACCAACGCAGCUCAUGCGGAAAGUCAGAGACGGCCUUCUUUGUCUUCAGAGGACUUGACUGACGAGGAUGAGAACUAUUACCCGAGCAACGAGAAACAUAAGGCAUCCUGCUUGCGUCUCUCGAGACCAGAGUCUUCAUCCAGUCAGCCACAGAGAGGUCAGAAACGGAAGAGGAAAUCUUCAUCUGGAGCCUCAGGCAGCGCUUAUCCCAAUGAGAAGCGAAAACCUGGAGGUGUGAGAAAGCCAACUGAUUUCACUGUUGUCCUUGAAGCGUUCCAGGAAUUUGUCACGCAGUACAAGGAGACCGUGAGCUCUGAGGUUGUUAAAAAAGCCAUAAAUGCAUUUUCUUGCUCAUUUGAGGAGCAGCUCACUGAGAAGAUCACUGCACUUGCGGAGUUCAACAGUGUAAAGCGUGAAGCUGUAAAGGUUAAUAGAACCCUAAACCAGAAAAAGACUAGACUUUUGGAGGCCAAGAAUGAAUUAAUCAAGAGUAAGGCGGCGCUGAGGAAGCUUGAGAAGGAGCAUAAUGAGCUGCAGCAGCGGCUCACAGCUUUAAAACAGGGCACUGCCUUUCUUAACAACCUGAAAGCACUGAACAGGAGAUACCUGCAAUAUCGCAGGACUCAUACUGAUGAACCGGAAACGUAUGGACCAUCCUGCAUGCCAGCUAUGCUGCUGGAGGCCAGAAGCAUCACAGGGACAGAAAACCAGUUAAAGAACAUCAAUGACGAGCUGCAGCAAGUCUUAGAGGAAACUGCUUACAAAGUGUAUCGCAUGCAGUGAAUCACAAAUCAGUGAAUUUCAGAAUUUUGAAAUGUAUUCAGUUCAUUAUAAAAACCCUAAUGCUGAGUUUGUAUAAUAUGCAUUAGGUCUGUGUGAUAUUGAUUUACCAUUAAAAAUUUGAGAGAAACAA